ACUACUGAGGCUGCAAUGGCGUGGUGGAAGGCCUGGAGUGAAGAAGAGGGCAAGUCUGUGGCAGGUGCUUUACGGUUUGAUGCUGCACCUGAUGCCCAGACUCUGUACAAGGCCAUGAAAGGGCUUGGGACUGAUGAACAAGCUAUAAUUGAUGUCCUAACCAAGAGGAGCAAUAUACAGCGUCAAGAGAUUGCCAAAUCCUUCAAAGCACAGUUUGGAAAGGAUCUGAUUGAAAGUCUGAAGUCUGAACUGAGUGGCAACUUUGAGAGGCUCAUUGUAGCUCUCAUGUACCCCCCAUUCAAGUAUGAUGCCAAGGAGCUGUAUGAUGCCAUGAAGGGUGUGGGAACCAGUGAAGGUGUUAUCAUAGAGAUCUUGGCAUCUCGGACUAAAGCACAGAUCAAAGAGAUAAUCAAGGCUUACAAAGAAGAAUAUGGUUCUGAUCUGGAAGAAGAUAUAAAAUCGGAAACAAGUGGCUACUUAGAACAGAUUCUGGUUUGCCUUCUUCAGGGUGAGAGAGACAAUGCCACUCUCUAUGUGGACACAGCCCUGGCUCUCCAGGAUGCAGAGACUCUCUAUGCUGCUGGAGAGAAGAUACGGGGCACUGAUGAGAUACAGUUCAUCACCAUCUUGUGCAAAAGGAGUGCCACACACUUACUGAAAGUGUUUGAAGAAUACCAGAAACUGGCUGGUAAGAGCAUAGAAGACUCUAUCAAGAGUGAAACUCAUGGUUCACUUGAGGAUGCCAUGCUGGCUAUUGUGAAAUGCACCAGGAACAUCCGUUGCUACUUUGCAGAGAGGUUGUACCAUGCUUUAAAGGGGGCUGGCACAGAUGAUGGAACUCUUAUAAGGGUGAUUGUUUCUCGAAGUGAAGUUGACCUGAAUCUUAUAAAGCCUGAAUUCAAGCGUAUUGCAGGAAAGUCUCUCUCCAGUAUGAUUUUGGAUGACACCAGUGGCGAUUACAAGACAGCCUUGAUGAAUCUCUGUGGCAGUGACUGACAAACUUUAGGAGGAAGAUGUUGAAAAGGAUACAGAGAAAAUUAACAGCGAACUAGGGUCUUGAAAAUGUACAUGUAGAAAAUAUUUCCAUUGAUCCAAGUGGGGAGAAAAAGAAGAUCAAAUUAAUAGUCAAGA